AUGAUUCGUUCUUAUACAAAGGCCAUGCAGACGUCGGUGACAUGGUUCGUGUGCCUACUGCUGUUGGUGAAUCGAUCAGUUUCGGGAUACACGAUCGACGAACAUCGUGCCGAGGACUACGAAGGCGACCAGAAAGAGAGUAAACUGCGAGAUAUAAAACCGGAGUCAGUGUUAAUGGGCAUCGCCAAGACGUUGAUCGGUGGCAAAACGGGAGCGGCCAGUGGUCAAAACCACUACUGUAUAGAUCGUGAUGUGUACCAGAGGUCAGCCCGGGGUUUCUGCAAACUGUCCUCUCUGACCACUUUGUCCAGUCCCUGUAAAUUUUUCAAGAUGGCCAACGGAUUUUGCGAUCUUCCUGACAUCUUGGCUAGUAUUAAAAAAAAAUUAUAA